AUGGUAUAUCCACUCUUUGUUUAUCCAUGCGCCGUCCCCGCCAAGUCAUCCUUCUUUGUCCAACAGCCGCUCUCCAGUCGGCGUCCCCGUAAACAGCCAAUAUCACGCGGACCUCGUCGAGUCGCGGUGCGAAGCGAUGCGUCCUCAAGCACCCCAGACGAGCUCCUUAUCCGCUCCGCCAUGCUUUCUGACCUCACUUCGGUGCGCUCCUUGCUCCAAGAGGGCGCAUCCGCCCGCCAUGCAUCCCUGAAGAAUGAUUCGCUCAUGACCGCCCUAAUGUGGGCUGCUUCCGAGGGCAACAUCGCCAUCACGGAAGCUCUGCUUGAGGCAGGUGCUGACCCUAACGCGAAGAAUGCACAGGGUUUGACCCCUCUUCUUUAUGCCUUCGAAAAUUUGCCCUCAGCAAACCCUCGACCGGCGCCGCCCCCUGGCUUCCCGGGUGAACCUGGAAGGGCAGUGCCGCCACAAAUACCGAUUGUCAGGCGCUUCACAGGGCAUGUAGCUGUCAUAGAGAUACUCGUAAAAGCUGGUGCAGAUUUAACGAUCUCUAAUGCGUUUGGGGAGACCGUCAUUCAUCUCGCAGCAAGGAAGGGGCAGGACGAGCUUCUCAACGCCCUUCUGAAGGCUGGUGUAGAUGUGAAUGCAAAGAGCAGGGGUUAUGAAGAGACGGCAAUGCACGUUGCGGCAAAAGAGGGGCACUCAGAUUUUGUUCGGGCACUUGCGAAGAAUGGAGGAAAUUUGGAUGCCAGAAGUCGUUACGGAUGGACCCCGCUUGUCUGGGCUGCCGCCUGCGCGAAUAUUGCCACUCUUGAGGCACUCCUUGAGCUUGGAGCUGACGCGAGGGUCAAGACAGCCGGGGCGAAGGGGGUUGAUCAAACCACACCACUGAAGGAGGGAAGAAAGAGCUCAAAGCCUGAGACGGUGUCCAUCUUGUUGGCGCGAGCAGGUGCCACAGAGUGA